AUGAGCGCGAACCAAUCAGUCGCGGCCACUGACGCCGAGUCUUUGUAUUCGUUCGAUGACACUGCGACGCUUGCACCCGCGGAGUCGCGAACAAUUCCGAGGACUGUUUCAGAUGAGACGCUGGCGCCUCAAGUUGUCAGUAAUACGACGGUUCAAAUCCCGACUACGAGCGCCGACGCUGCCAAUGAAGCAGUAGAUGGUGGCAGUAGAUUCAUUUUCACACAAGAUAAUCCCAUGAAUACAACAAUUCUCUCCCCGGAGCGACAUCAACCACCACUCUACAAGGUCGAGACGACGUUUACAGACGGGACGGUCACACGUGUGGAGAGAGUGCAAGGUGGAGAGGGAGAGAUUGCACUGGGUGCGACAGGCGAGAAGAUGAGGUUAGGUAAAGUUCUCAAGUCAGGACCAUUUUUCAGCGAAACGGUAUCGUUCAAGGAUGGUCAAGGCCGUAAAUACGAAUGGAAGGGGAACCGAGUGGGCUUGCACCUGCGCCUUUAUGCAUUGGAUACACCUGGCACACCUAUUGCGUCCUUUACCAAAUCAAGGGCAGAUGAGCGCACGGGAAAAGUGAUCCCAGCCUAUCUCACAAUCAACCGGCGUGGACAGGAAAUUCUGGACAUGGUCGUUUGGAGUUUUUGCUUCUUGGAAAAGGGGAAGCGCUCGUCGGAGAAUAGCUACCGAAAUCAUUAG